CGACUCAGCGAAGUGUUCGAUGUGGAGCUUGCUCCGGUUAUCCUAGAUGAAACUUCCGAGGAUGGUGAAUGGACGGGGGAGGUGUUUGUCGCGUACAAAGCUUUCGUUGGCGAGAAUAAAGAGGAUGGGAGUCUCAGCACAGAGGAAAGAGGCAUUAUUGAAUUCCAUUUGAGCGCCGUAUCGGAUAUUGUUGAGAUCGGCAGGACGGAGUACAUCGAGUACACAGGAUGUGACCCAUAUGACCCGCCGGAAGGCAACUGUAGAUAUUUUGGGGGAGGGAUGUUUCUUCGUGCAAAGAAUUCCCAGGCAUAG